AAAAUCGUAAUUCGCAAUGAUAUGCCGUGCGGGACGACAGUGGGUCCAAUUCUGGCCAGUCGUUUGGGCAUGCAGACAGUAGACGUUGGUUGUGCACAGCUAGCGAUGCAUUCCAUUCGCGAGAUGAUCGGCACAACAAGCAUUUUUCAGGCAAUCACACUUUUCUCGGUAAGUAGUUAA